AACUGAAUUGACCUUAAAAAAUAAUAGUUGUGCCUCUUCUAUGCAGGUUGGCAAUUGCCUGAAGCUGUGAGCAGAAUCAGAUUGUAAUGUUAAUACCGUUAUGACGUAAGCCAAGGUGAGAGAGAGGGCCUGUAGAACAACAUUCUAAGGAAAGAGGAGUUUGUAUCUCUAAGUUUCUAGCCAACGUGUAAAGAAGAGCCCAACGGCGGCAGCAUUUCUGUAAGGAUGGACUCGUUCUAUUGCAGCAGGUGACAUAUUUUCAUAUACCGGGCUGAAAAUCUCAAGGAGGAAUUUCGGUGAAUGUGCCCCUCCCACUGCACUUUGUAUACACAUAUAGAUAUAUAUUUGUGAAGAAGCCAAGGACCAUAGUUUGCUUUCUAACGUUUUGUUUUCUGCACAUUCUUUGAGUCAGAGCAAGCCCACCGAUACUUGCACCAUGGCCUUCUAUAGGAUUCCAUAUCCUUAUUCUGAUGAAAGCAGGCGUGGAGCUAGCCUUGGUGGAAGUCUUAGUGGAGGCCUUGGUGGAGGCUUUAGAGAAGACCUUGGUGGAGGCUUUGGAGGAGACCUUGGUGAAGGCUUUAGAGGAGACCUUGGUGGAGGCUUUAGAGGAGACCUUGGUGGAGGCUUUAGAGGAAACCUUGGUGGAGGCUUUAGAGGAGACCUUGGUGGAGGCCUUAGUGGUGGAUCCAGCAGUGGUUUUUCCUUCAGCUCUUUUGCUGCCUUCGGAGGAGCACAAUCCAGCGGCUUUGGUGGAUAUGCUGGAAGUGAUAAACAAACCAUGCAAAACCUCAACGACCGCUUGGCUGCCUACCUAGAAAAAGUCAAGGCCCUGGAAGCAGCCAAUACCGAUCUGGAGAUCAAGAUCCGUGAGUGGUAUGAGAAGCAAGUUGGCGUUGGAGCUGAUGCUACAGCCAGUGAUUACAGCAAAUACUACGACACAAUUAAUGACUUAAAGAGCAAGAUCCUGGUUGUCAAAUUUGAAAACUCUGGCACUGAACUGCACAUUGAUAAUGCCAGAAUGGCUAUUGAUGACUUCAACCAAAAGAAGGAGAUUGAGCUAUCUCACCUCAAGCAUGUAGAAGCUGAUAUUCAUGCCCUCCGCACAGUCCUGGAUGAGCUGUCACUGUCCAGAAGUAACCUGGAAUUCCAAGAAGAUAGCAUUUCAGAAGAGCUAGCCUACCUCAAGAAGAACCAUGAGGAGGAGAUGCAUGCUAAAAGAAGCAGCUCGGCAGGCCAAGUUGAUGUACAGAUGAAUGCCGCUCCAGGAAUAAAUCUCACUAAAGUCCUGAAUGAUAUGAGGACCAACUAUGAAGAUCUGGCUGAGAAGAACCGAGCAGAUGCAGAGGCAUUGUUUGCACAGAAGAGCAAUGAACUGAAGACAGAAAUUUCAGCUGGUGUGGAACAAGUAGAGACAAGCAAGACCGAAAUCACCGAUCUCAGACGAAACCUCAAAAGCUUUGAGCUUGAACUGCAGUCUCUGCUGGCAUUGAAAAAAAACUUUGAGGACACACUUGCAGAAACGGAAGCCGAUUAUGGAGGACAGCUUCAUCAGAUCCAGCUCAUCAUCACUGGGCUAGAGGAGCAGCUCCAUCAGAUCCGAUCAGACACGGAACACCAGAGCCAGGAAUACAGAGAGCUUCUCGAUAUCAAGACAAGACUGGAGAUGGAGAUUGAGACGUACCGCCACCUGUUGGAGGGAGAACUAGGUAAACUCCCCAUCCAGAGCUCAUCCUCCGAGUCUGCAUCUUCCUCUUCAACAGUAUCAGCUAAACAGACUUCCUCAUCUUCAAAUACCAUAUCACAGACUUCGCCUGUAGACUCCAGAAAAGCACCGACCAGAGCCGUAAUGGUGAAGACCAUCAUUGAAGAAGUGGUAGAUGGGAAGGUUGUGUCAUCAAGAAGUGAGCAGGUUGAAGGAAUGAUGAAAUAAAAAGAAAGGCUACAUUGAAUUUUUUUAUGGUGAAGACAAGAAAGGGUGGCGCUGGGUUGUGUUGGGACACCUACCUAAUGCUAAUGCUCUAAAGUAAAAUUUUACAAAAUUGACAACAUUUCUGACUAUGGCAUAUCUCCUAUUAAGAGGACAGAGACGGAACAUGCAUUUAAUACAUAGCUAAAGCUUCAUUCCAGCCAAAACUUGUACAUUUUGAAUAAAGUUUUUUUUUUUUUU